AUUUAGUAGUUUAUUAAAUUAAAAGCUUACAGUUUCUUUUGUAAUAUGAAGUUACUUAGGAACUAGUCCAAGAGAUCAGUGAAAAAUAAUUACUACUUCAAAUCUAAUUAAUUGGUUACCAGUAAAAAAAAAUAUUUAAACUAAGUUACAGUCCCACAGUAGAAAUGCACGAUUACGAAAUAGUUCCGUCUUCCUCUGCACGUUUUCUUCCAGCUUCAUUCAUGACCAUUGACUGAAGUUAUUAGUAGCUGUUAACGGGUUGGGUCGGGUCGCGAAGCCGGGGAUGUUGGUUAGAUAGAAAGGGUUGACCCGACAGAAGUGGCGUUGUGAAGUGCACUGCGUUUGCCUUUGCGUUUAAUUGAAGAUCAGAAAUGCAAAUGUCAAGAUUCACCCAAUUCCGAGCUCUACUCCGCGGCACCACCAGCCACCAGCGCUCCCCUCUCCGCCACCCCGCCGUCGCCGAUUCUUCAUUUGCAUCAAAACCCUCAGUCUCUAAUGCCUCCGCGUUCCGCCCCUCUUCGCCGGUGUUCCACCCGCAACAACGCCUCGGCAAUAGCACCUUUCGAUUCUUCUCCUCCAAUUUCGACAAAGGAUUUGCGCAGAAGGUGUUUGAUAAGCCUGCGGCAGCAGUGACUUCGGCCUUUUCGCGGUACCGCGAGGCAAUUGGGUUGCAAAUCGAGGCGUUCUUCAAGAGGAAUACUCUGUUUCUUUGGGGCGCCGGUGGAGUUGUGCUCUGCGCCGUUCUAUGGAGGAUCCUUUUCGGGAUCGCCAACCUCUUCGUUGGACUCUCCGAAGGCAUGGCUAAGUAUGGCUUCCUUGCCCUUUCAUCUGCUAUCGUUGCUUUUACUGGCUUGUAUAUUCGCACGAGGCUCACAAUCAACCCGGAUAAAGUUUAUAGAAUGGCCAUGACAAAACUUAACACGUCAGCUGGGAUUCUUGAAGUUAUGGGUGCUCCUCUUUCUGGAACUGAUUUGAGAGCAUAUAUCAUGUCAGGGGGUGGGCUCACUGUAAAGAAGUUCAAGCCAAGUGUUAGAAGCCGACGGUGUUUUCUAAUUUUCCCCAUAAGAGGGUCUGAGAAAAAGGGUCUAGUCAGUGUUGAAGUCAAGAAAAAGAAGGGUCAGUAUGAUAUGAAGCUGCUGGCUGUUGAUGUUCCCAUGGCUUCUGGUCCAGACCAGCGGUUGUUUCUAAUUGGGGAUGAAGAAGAGUACAGGGUCGGUGGGGGGCUAAUAUCUGAUCUUAGAGACCCAGUAGUGAGAGCAAUGGCAGCAACCAAGGAAUUUGAUGAUCUUGAUGAGAUUGAGGAAGAGGAAGAUGCUGAAAGAGAACGUCAAGAGACUGAAAGAAAGGAGCGUGAAGAGAUUGAAAAGCUGGAAAAGAGUAGUGGCACCUAGUGGAUAGGCUUUCGAGAUGUUUCUCUUGUGAUUUAUUCUCUUGUUGAUUACAGGACGUUGAUGUUGUUUAAACACAAUUUGUUUUGUAUCAGUUUCGAGUUUUCCCUAGAUUUAGAAACCCUUGUACCACAAAUGGCCAAGUUUAUCUGAAAAUAAAGCUGACAGGGAUCAACGUGCAUUGGAAUGGACUCGGCGUUUGUUGGUUUCGAUGUUGCCUUGUCUCAAGUGGAUUAUCCUUGUCUACGAUAUAGUUACUAUCUGCCACGGUUGUAUGUCAUUUCAGGGACCUAAAUUUUGACCCACCUGCCCCCUUCCCCUUCCCCUUGAAUGGAAAGUUGUUUCUAGUAUUCUUCUAGUUUCCUCCAAUUUUCAAAGGAUUCUCAGUGUGCC